AUGUUGAUUAGUUUACCUUCUGCAUAUGAUCCUAUAUGCUCUGUGAUUGAACACUUAAGGGAUAUAUAUGUGAUUGAGGUUCAAGAGGUGGUUGCCUCAUUGAAAAGUUUUGCACAAAGAUUGGAGAGACAUAAUGAGAACAAGACUGAGAGAGCAUUUGCAAGUCUAAGCGUGAAUUCUAAACCUGCCAAUUCUUUUGGAAAUCAAGGCCAUGGAUACCAGAAGAAUUGGAAACCAAAAUUUAAAAAGUGGGAUCAAAAGCCUACUUACCAAUCUGGGAAGCAAAUUGCAGCUGUAGAAGGUGGAAGAAACCCUUGCAGGCACUGUGAUAAGUACCAUUAUGGAGAAUGUUUUCUUAAAGGCAAACCUAAGUGUCACAGUUAUGGGAAAAUAUGGCAUAUUGCAAGGGACUGCAACAACAAGAAAAAUGUUCAGCAACUAAACUUUGCAACUCAAGUCCUUCCUACACCAACCAUGUUCUAUGCAAAUAAUGCGGUUGACAAGAAGUUUAUUGAAGAUGUAUGGUAUGUGUGGUAUGUGGACAGUGGUUGUAGUAACCACAUGACUAGUAGAGAAGAUGUACUAGUUGAUAUUGAUAGAAGCAUAAUUGCAAAAGUAGAAAUGGGGAUAGGGUAA